AUGGCUGAAAAUAUACCAACGGGUUGGGAAAAGCGAACAAGUCGUUCUUCUGGUAAAGAUUAUUAUUUAAAUAUUUACACUAAAGAAAGUCAGUGGGAAAUACCUACAAGACCAGCUCAAGACAAGAUGAGUCAAGUUAAAUGUUCCCAUUUAUUAGUUAAACACAAUAAAUCACGAAGACCAGCCAAUUUUAAAGGAGAAACAAUAACCCGUAGUAAAGAAGAAGCUCUUGAUCUCUUAAGAGGUUAUAUGCAACAAAUCAAAGAUGGAGCCAAUUUUAGUGAACUAGCAGAAGCCCACAGUGACUGUUCUUCUGCUAAGAAGGGAGGAGACCUGGGAUUUUUCGGUCGUAAUCAAAUGCAGAAACCAUUUGAAGAAGCAUCAUUUGCUUUAGAGGUUGGUGAACUCAGUGACAUUGUAGAUACUGAUUCAGGUGUUCAUGUUAUAUUAAGAACAGCCUGA